CUCAGAGAUAGUCUGGUCGUGCUGUAGCUGUGGGUUGAUGAACACGAUAUUGGCAUCGGAAAACACAGAACUCUACUAGACAAUGACCAAUCCUUGAAAGUCUUACUUAUGAAAUAUCUUGAUGUUUUGAUUGCAUGGUAACUUUCGAUUGUCGACGUGAGUGUUUUCCGUCACUACUGCAUUGACUUGUUGUCCAAUCCACCUCACCUUUUCUGCUUUUUUUUUUCGAUUAGUUCAAGCUUAAGAUAAAAAGGAUGAGUUCUUAGGCACAUACCUCUUGUUAGGCACAUUCAUUCAUUCAUUCAAGACACAUAAUCUGUAUUUCUACAAGAAAAAAUAUGUAAAACAAGACACAUUAUUUUUCGUAAAACAAGACACAUUAUCUACUUCUACAAGAAAAAAUAUGUCUUCGUCUUUCAAAGAUAAGAAGGCUGCGCAGGCUGCCGGUCACACUCAACCGGAAGCGGUCACACUCAACAGUGACAACAUUUACGUUCCUGUGGUUGACCAGUCGUUGAUUGGAUUCCUUCGGGCGGGUGCAGACGUCUACAACAAUGGCGACGAGGCGGCGUCCACUGAGCCUUCGGACAGUUUAUUAUGCUGCUCAUUUAAGAAUUGCUGCUCACAGGAGAUCUUUAUCUAGCUCCGCUUUUGCCUCUUGGAGGAGUCUAUGAUAUGACUUAGCUAUGAGUUCAAAAGAUUCACUCGUGCAGGCAGGACUGCUGUGACGCGGCGUUUAGCCCAGACGAAGGAAUAUAGACCCAGGUCCCAAAAAAAAAAAAAGUAGCCGCCGUCGCCCAUUGAAUGAAUUAGAAGCGGCUAAUAUCCCAACAUGUCGGUCCUCAUAUAGUCACAAGAUAGAGUCUAUUCCUUUCACAUUGUUGGUCAUGGUCGUAAAUCCUUGAAACGUCACAAAGAUCCACAAAGAUCAGAAGGAUGAAGAUCAUCAAAAUGACCAAGAUCGCCAGGCUAAAGGUUACCGGAGCACUAUCCAAACGCCCGACGGGUUUACCGUCGCGCGGGUGUCUCUGGCUUCUCCUCUCUCUCUCGUUUGUGGCUCAAGCCUCUCAACACAGUCAAGGACAAAGCAACACCGGAAAGAUCUCAGAGAUAACUCACAGACCUAAAUGCAUAUGGUUCCAAAGUCAAUGAUCAACAGGCAAAGGACUCUCAACGCAUUCAGAUAGCAGAAAUAACGAAUGUUCAUAGCUGUAACCAGGUUCAUAACGUUUUGGCUGUUCUGAUCAGUUCAAAGAGCAUAAAGAUGAUCGUAUGAAUCAAUGAUGAUAGCAUAGGUGUUCCCAUAUGAAGCAUAUGAAGCUUUCCCCAUGCAACAUGAUACCCCAAUGAAGAAGCUGAGACUUCCUUCCCUUGCAACCCCAAUGAACAUCCACAGGGAUCAAAGCAGCCAGAGAUCAUUAGUCUCAGGCUGUUAGUGCAAUCUGUACCAAACUCAAGCGUUUCUCAAUGAGAAACUAGACGCGACUUAGCAGUCUGUGUUCGAAUGGUCCAACACACAUUAUUGCGAGCUCUCUUAUUUUGUGGUUUUUGUACUAGUUAGGUCAGCUCCGGCAGAGUUAUUGCGAGCUCUAAGUCUCUCGGAUGACGACGCCCUAGACGCUGAAUCUGAAUCAUUGGCAAGCUUUAACGCGGAUGCAGAACGGCAAAAGCUGGAGGAUGAAAAAGACGUCCUAUCCGAUGGCGAAGUAGAGUUCAGAGGGAAUGAUAUUGCGCAGCGAGACGAACGCUUCAAGGAAAAAGAAGUCAAGAGAAAACCGGCGAGAGAGGUAAUAAAUUAUUUAUAUACUGUAUGAGGAUUCUUUUCAUCUCGUGCAAAUAAGAUUCUUGACUAUCUAAGGAUCAACAACAUAUAUACUGUCAUGCAGUAAUACCAAUAGUUGUUGUGGACAUUUUUUCCUUAGCCACGGUACACAAGUAGCUAGACUUCAUCAAGAAGAGCCGGCGGUUGGUAGUGGUUAUUCUACUUGUAUCGCAAAAGAUCAGUGGAUGCAUGUCUACUUGUUGGGUCAUGACUUGGUUACACUCAAAAAAGAACAUCAUGGGUCGCGUACGGGAGCUGUGGGUGUAGUACAGCUCCUGAGGGUUGUAAUCUGGUUUUUCAACAUCAAGUCUAUAAUGUCUACUUAAUACUUUUUGAUCUUGUUUCACAAGGUUCUGAUCGGAAUGAUUGGCUUCACUGAGGAAUUCGCUCGUCACGCUGCGGCCGAGCUGACGAAGCACCCACGACACUUUAGAAAGAUGAAGGAAACGAAGAUUCGCACGCACAAGCGAUUCGAUGUUGCCGACCUAAAGCUGACGAAAAACCGCAAGAGCGUUAUGAAAGGAGAGGACUGGAACUGGGGACAAUUGCGAGAAUUCGUACGCAACAUCACGCGGGCCGAAAAACACAAGCCGAAGGAAAAACCGAAACAAUUUUUGACUUCUGAGAAAUUGGAGAUGGAGAUGCUGCGCGAAGUGAAUGCGAAUGCCGCUAAAGUGGCGAAUCAAGGCUCGUCUGAUUCUUCGGACAUGGAAAAAGACACGAAAAAGUGGCACGAUCCCAGACACGACGCAAAACAACUCGCUGCUGGUCGCGACCGCAUCAAAAAGGAACAUUAAGGCUAGCCAUUUUCCCACCUAUUCCCUAUCCCAUGUGGACUACGCGGAGGAGGACUAUGCUGGACUACGCUCCUGAGCAGCAGAGUCCCCCUUGAUUUUAUUAGCGAGGGAUACUUACUAGUGAAAAACUAGCGCUAAGAACAACGGAAAUUGUUGGAACGAAAACUACGUGACGAAUCCAGUUCGGCUCAUGAGGAAGCGUUGAUGCGCAAGUUUGAGGAGAAGAAGGAGUUCUCACGGCUUCUGGCCCAAGACGGCCUUGAUAUUAUGGCUUUCUUGCAUGAUGUCUGUUUUUGUUGCUUGUUAUAUUCUAGAUGAAUACUUUGUAGAGCUUAGAAGAUGAAGCUAGGAGCAGUGUCCUUCAUUUGAUAUUUUGUUUGGUCCUGAUGCAUGCAGAAGGGAGGUGCUAGACAGUUACCUGUAAGAAAUUGAAUUUCAAUCUAUCGUUUAGCAAAAGAAGCAAUAAAAAAGCUGAAGAAGCUAAGUAAGGCUGUAAUUGCAAAUACCUCCUGUUAGGCACAUUCAUUCAUUCGUUCAUUCAUUGAUUUGGGCCGACAGCCACAACUCAGUUCUAAUUCUUUGCUUGAUUUGACUCCCGAGCAAAAAGUGGACUAUGAAAGAAGGGCAAUGGAAACGGUGCGUGAGGCCUUUUUGGAACGUGCUACUGAGGGGGCGGGUGGCGGUCUCCGCGGUGCUUUGGAAGAGCGACUUCAGGCGAAAAUGGCUGGAAACGAUAAUUAAGGUUACCAGGGGGCUAAAGGUGUUCCUGUUACCGUUCGUUUUGCCUUUCUAAAGGGGGAAGUAAAGGCAUAGCGAACGGGAUAAUUGAAGACGAACAUCAAGAGCCUACCUCCAAGAUAACAAAGGAGCAGCGACAGGAGCAGCCUCGUCAUCAGGGAGAUCCUCUGCUGUGGAACAGAUGGCUGCGAGAGCGAGCACCAAGGCUAAAAACAAGAGCCUUUUCGCGAAGUGAGUACAACUAGGAGGCUAACAAGAAAGCAUGGUUUCUUCGCGAAGUUAGAAAAUCAACGGAGUAGAAUAUGCACGAAAGUAAUUAGAUAGACGUGAAGGGUAUGCAUUAACAUAAGUACUCAGUUAUAACAUGCGGAGACUAAGGAAGAUGAUGGUCGAUGAAGAUAUUGAUUAAGAGCAGAAAUAGAUGACAAUCGUGAUGAACAUACUUGGUGAAUCACGAGCAAAUAUGAUGAGCUGUUUUUAUAGAGAUAUUUUCCGACGUAGUGUUGUGUCUUUUUUCCAACUUAUAAGAUAGGAUCAUGAUUGGGAAGUGUUAGUUGCCUAGUAGGUAAAAGUACCUAGUAUCCAUAACCAUAUCCUCCCUUUGCCUCUAUGUCAAUGGUUUCUCGUGAUUAUAUCCCAGUAUGUGAUAGAUAAGUUGGGACCACGGACGAAGAUGAAGUGCAUGACUUUUACUGAUGGUACUCAGAAGUAAUUGUUUUUGAACAGCAAAAGGUGGUAGUUUUUUCUCCAAAUUAGAAGUACCGCAAGG